AUGACCAGAAUCACCAUGGCCGCAUUAUUCACUACCCACUACCAGGAACGCUACGGUCCGAAAAGCCAACCACCAGACUCGAGCGUUACCCUCCCUCCAGCCCUGGACCUCAUACUCCGCCACAAAUCAAUCCGCAAAUUCCUCCCCGACGCCCUCCCUCCCGCAACCCUCGAGCUCCUGAUCGCCGCAGGCCAAAGCGCACCAACCUCCUCCAUGUUACAGGCCUGGAGCGUCAUCGCCAUCGAAGACCCAGCCCGCAAGGAUACCGUGGCGACUCUCGCCGGCGACCAGGACUUCAUCCGCCAGGCGCCCCUCUUCCUCGCCUUCUGCGCUGACCUCGCCCGCCUGACGGCCAUCUCAGAGCAGCGCGGCCAGCCGGGCAAGGGGCUCGAGAACAUGGACUUGUUCGUCAUGGCGACCAUUGACGCUGCACUGGCAGCGCAGAACGUUGUGGUUGCUGCCGAGUCGCUUGGCCUCGGAACGUGUUAUGUUGGCGCGGCGAGGAACCGUGCGAGGGAGCUAUCGGCGCUGCUGGAUUUGCCGAAACGGGUCGUCGUGCUGUUUGGAUUGGCGGUGGGCAAGCCGGAUCCGGAGUGCUUGCCGGCUAUUAAGCAGCGCCUUGGGAUGGAUGAAGUCUUGCAUAGGGAGAAGUGGAACCAUGAGGGUCACGCGGAGCGUGUGGCUGAGUAUGACGAGACUCUUGGCAACUUUUACGAGAAGAUGGGAGUUACUGGGAGGAGUGCUUGGAGUGAGUUCACGGCGAUGUGGUUGGCGUCGGGAGAUCUUGAUGGAAGGGAGGAGCUUAAGGAUGUGUUGAUGGAACGUGGCUUCGAACUGAAGUAG